CCGUCCUUCCUCAGCGCCUGCUGCCUGCGGGCUGACGUGUCUGCGGUUCCCCGGCGUCUCGGCAAGCAGGGCCGCCAUGGCGGACGCCUGGGAGGAGAUCAGGCGGCUGGCGGCCGACUUCCAGCGGGCGCAGUUCGCCGAGGCCACGCAGAGGUUGUCAGAGCGGAACUGCAUUGAGAUUGUGAAUAAAUUGAUUGCUCAGAAACAGCUAGAAGUAGUUCACACACUUGAUGGAAAGGAAUAUAUUACCCCGGCCCAAAUUAGUAAAGAAAUGAGAGAUGAGCUACACGUCCGAGGUGGUCGAGUAAACAUUGUUGAUCUGCAACAGGCAAUUAAUGUGGAUCUGACUCAUAUUGAAAAUAGAAUUGGUGACAUUGUUAAGUCAGAAAAGCAUGUUCAGCUAGUGUUGGGACAACUGAUAGAUGAGACCUAUUUGGAUCGGUUAGCAGAAGAGGUAAAUGAUAAAUUGCAAGAAAGUGGUCAGGUAACCAUAUCAGAACUGUGUAAAGCUUAUGAUCUUCCUGGAAACUUUCUGACGCAGGCACUAACUCAGCGGCUAGGUAGAAUUAUUAAUGGACACAUUGAUCUUGAUAACAGAGGAGUAAUAUUUACUGAAGCUUUUGUAGCUCGACAUAAAGCACGCAUCCGUGGACUGUUUAGUGCUAUUACCCGGCCUACAGCAGUCAAUUCUUUGAUUUCAAAAUAUGGAUUUCAGGAGCAGCUUCUUUACUCUCUGCUUGAGGAACUUGUUAAUACUGGACGUUUGCGAGGCACUGUGGUCGGUGGGAGACAGGACAAGGCAGUGUUUGUCCCUGACAUUUACUCCAAAACACAGAGUUCAUGGGUGGAUUCCUUUUUCAGGCAGAAUGGCUAUCUAGAAUUUGAUGCUUUGUCCAGACUUGGAAUCCCAGAUGCUGUGAGCUAUAUAAAGAAAAGAUACAAGGCUACACCACUCUUGUUUCUGAAAGCAGCUUGUGUCGGUCAAGGACUUGUGGACCAGGUGGAAGCAUCAGUAGAGGAAGCCAUCAGCUCCGGAACAUGGGUUGAUAUUGCACCUCUGCUGCCCAGUUCUUUAUCCGUGGAAGAUGCUGCAAUGCUGCUCCAACAGGUGAUGAGAGCAUUCGGCAAACAGCCUUCAGCUGUGGUCUUCAGUGACACUGUUGUAGUCAGUGAAAAGUUUGUAAAUGACUGCACAGAACUGUUCAGUGAGCUGAUGCACCAAAAAGCUGAAAAGGAAAUGAAAAAUAAUCUCGUUCACUUAAUCACUGAAGAAGAUCUGAAACAAGUCUCCGUUUUAGAAGGUGUUAAUACAAGUAAAAAGGAUAAAAAAGAUGAGCGAAGGCGGAAAGCAACAGAGGGCAGUGGAAGUGUGAGAGGAGGAGGCGGUGGCAACGCCAGGGAGCACAGAAUCAAAAAAGCCAAGAAGAAAGGAAGAAAAGACGACGAGAGCGAUGAGGAGUCGCCUCUCACUGUAAAGAAGAAGCCAGAGAUCACUUUUAUGUUCCAGGAUGAGAUUGAAGAUUUUUUAAGAAAACAUGUGCAAGAUGCCCCUGAGGAGUUUAUUUCUGAACUUGCCGAGUACUUAAUAAAACCUCUUAAUAAAACUUACCUUAAGGUGGUUCGUUCCGUAUUCAUGUCUUCAACCUCUUCUGCCUCUGGAACCGGCAGAAAGCGCACAAUCAAGGACUUGCAAGAAGAGGUUUCAAACCUAUACAACAAUAUUCGGUUAUUUGAAAAAGGGAUAAAGUUCUUUACAGAUGAUACACAGGUCGCUCUUACCAAACACUUGCUGAAGACAGUGUGUACUGAUAUCACCAACCUCAUUUUCAACUUCUUAGCUUCAGACUUAAUGAUGGCAGCGGAUGAUCCUGCAACCAUUACAAGUGAAGUAAGAAAAAAAAUUUUAAGUAAAUUACCAGAAGAAACUAAAGUAGCCCUCACAAAACUCCAUAGCUCUCUGAAUGAAAAGAGUGUAGAAGACUUCCUUUCUUGUCUGGAUUCUGCAGCAGAAGCUUGUGAUAUUAUGGUGAAAAGAGGAGAUAAGAAAAGGGAAAGGCAGAUACUGUUCCAGCAUCGACAGGCACUGGCUGAGCAGCUCAAAGUCACAGAAGACCCUGCCCUUACCCUGCACCUCACAUCGGUCCUGCUGUUUCAGUUCUCAACCCACAGCAUGCUCCACGCACCCGGAAGAUGUGUCCCACAGAUCAUUGCUUUCCUUAAUAGUAAAAUUCCAGAGGAUCAGCAUACUCUUUUGGUAAAAUAUCAAGGUUUGGUUGUAAAGCAUUUAGUUAAUCAAAAUAAGAAGACUGGGCAGGGAGAUGAUCCCCUAAGUGAGGAGUUAGACAAAGAACAAGAAGAUAUCACCAAUGCUACUCGUAAAGAGCUUCAGGAACUUUCUUCAUCCAUUAAAGACCUUGUUCUCAAAUCUAGGAAAUCAUCUGUGACAGAAGAGUAAUGAUCUUAAUUUACUUUUGUCAUCUAGUAAACACUUUUCCCCAAAGUUAAAGGUGAAUGGUUAACAAAAAACUGCUCAUUUUACAAUCCCUGAUCCCCCCUAAUAGCCCUCUUCAACACACAGGUCAGUUAAAAUAGAAAUGUACUCAUGUAAAUAUUAUAAAAACAUGAAUUUUUGUAAAUUAGGUUCACCGUGGAAGAUUCCUUUUCACAUUAUAAUUCUAAAAAUUAUACAUUUUAGGUUUGUUUUCUUUCUAGAUGCUGACCAAAAAGUAAGUUUUCUGGUAUCUUUCAUCUCUAGGAAAGGAACCAUAUAUUAUUAGAUUUCUGGUGACAUCAUUAGGCAGGAACUUAAAAUGUCAUGUUUUUUAAAAAAAUAAUACCCUUUUGGUAAUGAAAAUCAUUUACUUUAUCUUACAAUUAAUAAGAGAAGACUUCAAACCUAAAAUACAGAGAUUUGCAAAAUAUUUUAUUACUAAGCCCUUGCUCUCAUUUCUGGCAGUUAGGGGGCCUCCCAUCUCCCCCACAGGAAUGGAAACUUUUUAUGGUUCAGGGCUUCAGGGAGGCCUGUACACGAACAAAAGAAUGCCAGGGGGACCCAAGCACUGCUCUUCUCGACCCAGAUGCUAGCAAGAGUGAGAGGACAAAUGAAAUUUACUUCAAAGACAUUAAGUUGCAUUUGUCAUUAAAAUAAGUAAAAAAUUUAAUACAAAUAUUUUUCUUGAACACAGUAUGCAUUUCUAAAUUUCACUUUUUAUGUCUAUAGUCACUUUAGCACCUAGUUCUUUGUUGUAAGGGAAUCUAUAAGUGCAUGUAAGUCAUUGAACUGUUUUUUAUUUUUUCAACAAUAGAAACUCAAGAAAGAAGAUAGGUAUUCUUGUUUUCUAAAGAUGAUUAGUACUUAAAACUAAAAUAGUCCUUGGAGUAAUCAUUUCAACCAAUGGGGUUUAAGCAACAAUUUAUUAUAUAUCAAAAAGUGAUUUAUUUUGAAUAUAAGUAAAUUAAAUUUCAGAUAUUAAAAAAAUACUAUUUUAUAUAAUUCCUUAUAUGGCAUUUAAAACUCUCUGUUUUCAAAUGUUUGAAUACAAAGAUCAGUCUACCUCUAAUUAUGGACAAAGUAUUCUAGACAAAGUGUUGCUAACUAAGCAUUAUUAUUAAAGUUGGUAGGAAUAUAACAAAUUAAAAAAUGUUUUUCCAUGGGUAAUUUUCUAUUAGUUUACUUCCGUAUGGGCAAAAGAAGAAAAAUGACAAAUCCUCUGUGACCACAAAGUCCAGUUAGUUUUAUUUGUUUAUUCAGCUUCCAAAAUAUUGAACACCCAAGCUUGUAUUUUUAUUCUGUCUUUGUUUAAGGACCUUAUCAUUUAUGGCUCAGCAGAUAUCAAGGUAAUCCACAUUUGUAUAAAACUAGAUUAUAGAUAGUAAAGCAAAUAAAAUCAUUCUUUCUUAAUAUGUGAAAAUAAAAAUAAAGCAACACUAAUAAAAAGAAAGCUAUUCUGUCUUA